CCUAACCGGCGAGUGAGGCACCAGAAUUGGCAAAGAUUUACAACCUUUUUCCAUUAUUUUGAAUUCGUUAAACAAGUUACGUGGCAUCGACCUAAAAGAGAAAAUAUCAAAAAUUUCGCUGAAUUUACGCGGAGAUGUGUUUUUGUUUUAAAUCUUGGGUAAUGUAGUUCACUUCACCAACACGCCAGAUUACGACUGAGAUCUGAGUGGAUCAAGGAAUACAUUGACCAGAAGCCCCCGGGGCGGCCAGCCAAGAUACGCAAGGAAUCAUGAACUACGCUCGGUUUCUGACAGCUGUCAGCGCAGCCAGAAAGCCCUCCCCCAUCAGGAUACUCACCGAGCUGCAGCAGCGCUCACCUCCGUCUCUGAUUUCUUUGGCCGGAGGAGCGCCCAACCCCAACACCUUCCCCUUCCAGUCAGCAUCCAUCCAGGUGAAAAACGGACAGACGGUCACCUUCGAUGAGGCGGCGAUGAAGAGGGCUCUGCAGUACUCUGCUUCUAACGGAAUACCGGAGCUGCUGACGUGGAUGAAGAACCUGCAGAAGAACCUCCACAAUCCACCGACCCCGAUGGAAAUGUGUGUGACCACGGGGAGCCAGGAGGGGCUCUGUAAGGUCUUUGAGAUGCUGGUCAACCCUGGAGACAACGUCCUGCUGGAUGCACCCACGUAUUCAGGCACACUGGCAGCACUUCAGCCGCUCGGUUGCAACUUAAUCAACGUUGCCAGCGAUCAGCACGGCAUGAUACCUGCAGCCCUGAAGGAGGUUUUGUCUCGGUGGGACCCCUCGGACGUCCACAAACCCGGCAGCACCGCUCCCAAGAUCCUCUACACCAUCCCCAACGGAGGAAACCCCACCGGCGCCUCCAUGACGGCUCAGAGGAAGCAGGAGGUGUACGAGCUGGCCAGGCAGUACGACAUGCUCAUCAUCGAGGACGACCCGUACUACUUCCUGCAGUUUGACAAGCCGUGGGCUCCCACGUUUCUGUCCAUGGACGUUGACGGGAGGAUCAUCAGGACAGACUCCUUCUCUAAGAUCCUGUCUUCAGGACUGAGGAUAGGUUUUGUAACCGGGCCCAAACCGCUGGUAGACAGAGUGGUGCUUCACAUCCAGGCCUCCACAAUGCACACAAGUACCUUCACACAGCUCAUGGUGUCUCAGCUGUUGCACAGCUGGAACCAAGAGGGUUUCCUCCAACACAUAGACGGGGUGAUCGAGUUUUACAGGAAACAACGUGACGCCAUGAUUAGCUCUGCAGACAAGUGGCUCAAAGAUGUAGCAGAGUGGCACAGCCCCUCAGCGGGCAUGUUCCUGUGGAUCAAACUGAAGGGCAUAGCCGACACCCAGCAGCUCAUUAUGGAGAAAGCCUUGGAGAAAGAGGUGCUGCUGGUUCCCGGAGGUGUCUUCAUGAUCAACAGCAGUGAACCCUGUCCCUACGUCAGAGCGGCCUUUUCUCUCUCUACACCGGAGCAGAUAGAUGAGGCUUUCAGAAGACUCUCCUCUCUUAUCAAAGAGGCUUUGUGAUCAAAGAUCUGUUUCUCCCUAAAAGAUGCUGCAUUAUUUUUUAACUUAUUGUUAAAAGCUGUUAAAACAUAUAAUUUAGUUUGAAUAUAUAUUUUUUUUUGCGCUGCCUCUGACUAUACUGCAGUCAGGAAGAGACACCCAGAAUUCAAGUACUUUGUGCUGAGAACUAAAAUCCACUUGAAGCAUUGAAUAAGUUUUACAGAUGAACAAUAAUAUAGUUUUUAACCUGAUCAUUUCUUGCACUACACAGCGAUGAUGUCUGUAUGUUUUCACUGCACAAAAAAGUUAAGAACUUUUCUAUCAUUCUG